GUUCAGUUUUGCAAGAUGAAAAGAGUUCUGGAGAUGGAUGGUGGUCAUGGCUAUACAACGAUUUGAACGUCCUAAAGCCACUGAACUGUGCACUUCACAACAGUCACUACGCUGCUGCCAGUGUGGGUACCUGCUCUAUAAGGGAAAGGCCACUGCUCUCACUGACUUCCAGCUGUGAUGUCUGGUCACUCCCCCUCCCUCCUGGAGCAGCCCCACCCAGGGUGCGAGCCCACCCAGUGGCCCUUGUGAAGUGGUGACACUCCGACCAGCAGGGGUGGAAGAUGGUACCAGUCAACCGCGAGCCGGAGGAGGAGCCCGAAGCCACUGCCGAGAGAUGGAGGACCCCACGCCUGAGCCCGUCUACGUCGACGUGGACAAAGGACUGACCUUGGCCUGCUUCGUCUUCCUCUGCCUUUUCCUCGUCGUGAUGAUCAUUCGCUGCGCCAAGGUCAUCAUGGACCCUUACAGCGCCAUCCCCACAUCCACCUGGGAGGAGCAACACCUGGAUGACUGAGGCGCCCGCGGGCGGGGGCCGCGACGAGGGACCGAGAGCCCAGCGCUCUCUGGACAGGGUUGCCCCAGGAUGUGCCUCUGUCCCCUGGCCACCGGCUUUCCAGCCCAUGGAGGCAAGAAAGGAUUUGGCCACCGGGGAUGGAGAAGGUUCACCUUAGCCUUGCCUGCUCUCACAGGAGCAGCAGGGUGAGAUGCUCGGGAUGCUGUGGGUGUUGCAGUGGUGGGCCAGUCUGGGGAUAAGAGCGCUGGACCGGGAGUCAGGAGGCCCGGAUUCCAGUCUGGGGAAUCACUGUGAGCCUAGGGGGCGGUCAUCUUCCCUGGCUCGCGCACACCUUUUGGCAUCGGAUACGGGACAGUCACCCACCAUCAUAACAACAGUGGUCUCGUUUUGAGGAAACUCUUGCCCUUAACAUGCAAAGUAGCACACACACUGGGAGGCUCCCAGCACAGACGUUCACCUGAGCCCCAGCCCCUUCCCAGUGGGCCAGCAAUGGAGCGAGCGCGUGGUGACGUGGGAAAGGAGGUGGAAGGUGAACCAUCCCAAAUUCACAAAAGGCACAGGGGCUGCUUCCCAACAGUAUUUUUUUUUAACUAAAAUAUAGAGGGGUAUAUUUUUCCUGUUAUAAAUGAAAUGUGUAUUUUGGAAGUUUGGGAGAAUACAGAAAAAAUAGAAGGAUGGGGGAAAAUAACCCUUAUAAUCCCACUUCCCCAAAGCCGCCAUUUUGAUAUAUUUUCUCCCAGCAUUUUUUACAUGUAUUUUUAAAUAGUCAAAAUCAUACUGUGUGCAUGACGUUGUAUCACUUCAUAUUAGAGCAGGGACACUUUCUCAUUUCAUCAAGCACUCUUUAUAGCCAUCAUUUUUACUGGCUGCAGAGUAUUCCAUCAGGUGGAUAAGUCAUAGUUUCAUAAUUAUCUCCUUUGGUCUUACAUUUCUUUUUUUUUUUUUCUGCUAACUUUUCCUCAUGCAAAAUUAUUUCACCCAGUGACCUCUUGAGAGCACACAGUUAUGAGAUUAAUAUCGGACAGGAAGACCUGGCUUCUAGUCCUGUCAGUCACUCUAAGGCUGUGUGACCUUGAGCAAGUCACUUCACCUCUCAGUGCCUCCGUUCCCUGAUUUUAAAAAGGGGAGGAAAAGCCUUGCCCUUUUUGUUUUGUGUAAACCUCGUGAAUGAAAGGACAGGAGUGGGAGUGCUUUGAACGUAAACGUGCUGUGGGGUGAGACAAGGGAUAAGUUGUUGAUAAUGACUUCUCCCUCUUUUCCCACCCUUCUGUCACCCUCCCACCCCAUCACCUAUAUCUAAGACCUUGCAGCAAGAAUAUUGGACCAGAGCCCACAAACCUGGUCCCAAGUCCCAACUCCUCUACUUCCUUGCUAUAUGACCCCAAAUAACUCAGCCUCUCUGAGCCCCCGUUUCCUCAUCUGUAACAUGAGGGAAUAACAUCUACCUCACAAGGUUGUUGUGAGGAUGAAAUGAGAGAACAUGGGCAAACAUUGGUGUAUUUUCUUGAUAUUACCACCCCAGGAGAAGCCAGGGGUCUGAGCUGGGAGGAAGAGAGGUCUGGCUUCCCCCCUCUCUGCAGAGCCUGGAACCCUGGGCUUUUUUUCAGUUCCACUGCUGAAAGGCCAAAUCUCCCAGCCAGGACCACUGGUCAGAGGAAUACUCACAGCAACCUCUCCCAGCACCUGACCUCAAGGGAUAUGGUGUCUAUUAAUUUAUGUAAUUAUCAUGGUCAUCGGUAUUCCCACAAACAUAAUACGAAGUUAAACUAGACCACCAGAAUUCCCCUUCCUUCUGAAUGCAUUUAUUCCAUCCCUCUAAGGCACACCUGCCAUCCCCAUCAGAAGUGCCCUGCAGCUGUGAAGAAGCUCAAGGUUCCCUUCCCACCACCUGCCUCCCAGCCAUGGGUCCCACUCCAUCCCAGGUCACCUGGGAAGUGGGUUUCCAAAGCACCAUCACCGCUAGGUGGCCCCUGAAAGUGAACAAGCCCACGGCUGCUCAGACAGCUUUCCAGGGCAUAUCCAGCUGUUCCUCCCUCCACACCCUCACCGUGUGGGAUGCACAAAGGGACAGCUGGCAAAGGCAGUGGACCAAGGUGCAUUGGAGGCUCUGUGUGAGAGGAGGAUCUAGAGCAGGGACCUUGUACAUAGCCUCAGGCCUAGCGGCAGCCUUCACUCUGCAGCCUACCUCAGAGAUACCAAACACUUCUGUGAAAAGCUCAUCAGCAUGGAUGUACAAUGCAAAUCAGAACCAACACCCAAUCAGCUAAUAACAGAUCCCAAGGAACAAGAAGAGGUCUUGAAGACCUCACUUGGAGAUACUUAGAGCUCUCAGGAGUGAAAAACAGGUGCCUGAGGGCCGUGCUACUCAAACCAUGAUGAAGGACAAGUAGCAUCUGCAACAUUGAGGGGCUUGUUAGAAAUCCAAAAUCAUGGACCCCUACUCCAGACCUACAGAAUCAUAAUCUCUGGAGAUGGGGCCCAGGAAUCUCUUAGCAAGAUCUACCAAGCGAUUUGUAUGCGUGUUAAAGUUUGAGAAGCACUACCCUGGGGAUCCUUUGGUCUCAAUUAUUUCUUUUCCACACCUAGAUUUGCUAAUAUUUCCCACUCUAUCUCUUGACUCUUUUUUUGGUGGCAAAGGGAAAUAACAUUUCAGAAAAAGAUGGAAAAUUUCAAACUCACUCCAAAUCCAAGCCUCCACAAAAUAGUGAUUUCUAUUGUGUGUCCAUGUGUUCCCUUCUAAUCCUUGUCCACGUGCAAGAUAUUUUUUUCAUAAAAGGCUUCGGUUACAUCAUUUAAAUCAAUAUCUCCUAACAUUCCGUCAUAAGCAUGUUUCUGCUACAGUCUUCCUAUUUGUCAUUUUACUGGCUAUAAACCACGCCAUCUAGUGCAUGUACAUAGUUUUCCAGAGUCCUAUUAAUAAGUGCUUACAUUGCCUUCAUUUUCCCUAUUAUACAUGUUGCAAAAAAAAAAAAAAAAGAAAAACCAACCGAAAUGUCAAGCUCCUGCUGUUGCUUUAGCUGCUAAAGGAUGGAGGAGAUGGUCCUUUGUCAUCAGAGCAUCUUAGCCAGUUUCUAGCUAGCUGAGAUGAAGUUUGGGGUUUGGUAUGGAGAGGGUAAACUGUCCAGCAAAAGAAAUGAAGAGAAGUUUUGAAGACUGGAAGCUGGCAGAGAGCAAAUGAAAAGCAUCUGUGGCAUUGGCCCUAAUCCAGGACUUAAGGCAAAAUAUGAUGAGAGAGAAACUCCCCGCUGCAGGGAAAGGGUGAUGGAUUUUCCGGACAGUGGUGUCUCGUGGCUGAUUUUACGUUGUGGCCUGUUCUGUGCUCUGCUACAGUCCCCCCAUGUUACUCCAAACCCUCAGUAAAGUCUGAUACACAAUCCACUUUGUGGUUGUGGUAUUUGGGGGCAAUAAAGACAUCUGGAAGGGCGUCAAUGUGAAGAAAUGUAAUCUGGAAAGGGAGAGUCAUCCCAGGGACAAGUGAGGUAGCAGAAAUAAGCAGAAACAGGAAAUCAGAAAGCAACUAUAGUCCAAUAAGAAUUAAUUUAAAAAAAUCAGAAUGACGGUUGCUAGCGUAAAUGUGACCCCUGAGAAUGCUCAGAUGGGCUGAUAUGAAUGAUAGCACACUCGUUUUACCAGCCUGGUAUAUCAAUUCCCAUCAUCUCUAUUUCAUUUUUUUCCGAUUAGUUGCUCAAAUAUCUACAUGCUCUUAUUGAAUUGAAAGACCCGUGACUCCCUCUCCUAUAAAAUUGCCCCAGAAUUUCGAGGCUAACUCAAUCCAAAAGGAGCUGGUUCUAGGGCUUCCCUGGUGGCGCAGUAGUUGAGAGUCCGCCUGCCGAUGCAGGGGACACGGGUUCUUGCCCCGGUCCGGGAGGAUCCCACAUGCCGCUGAGCGGCUGGGUCCGUGAGCCAUGGCCGCUGAGCCUGCGCGUCCGGAGCCUGUGCUCCGUGACGGGAGAGGCCACAGCCGUGAGAGGCCCCCGUACCGCAAAAACAAAAACAAAAACAAAAGGAGCUGGUCCUGCUUCCAAAUGUCAGGUAGAGAGAAUUUCAAAGGCUGGUGUGUCCACUAGUGUGGUUUCACACCCUGCAGUCUAGCUGUUGAAGAUGGGUCUUACGGAUGACAACCUGCAGUGCCCUCUUUGGUUUAUAGCCCAGUCUGCUGAGAGGUGCUCGAGCUAAGCUCACUGGUCCACAUUCCCAUGCUCAUUCGUUCUGUCCAAACACUACAGCCAGGUUGGCUGUGUUCAGAGGGACAGGAUGGCCUCGGCCAUACCAACCGGCCCCCUGAAUCCUCACGUCCUUGAUCACCAUCAGCUAAGACUCUCCCUCCUUCCUGGGGAGUUUGUCUUUGGGACCCGUAUCACUCAGAACCCUAGCAGGAAAGAGAUGCACACCCAAAGCAUUAAAUGAAGAGGGUUUAAUGAAAGAAUAUUCCCAGAGGUUGGGCAGGGUUAAGGGACACGAAAGGGGUUGGCAAAAUGCCCAUGGACGGGCAACAGGGUGAGUCCAUGACCACUUGGGCCUGAAGCGACAAGGGGAAGGGGUGUUCCCAGAAUCCAGUGGAAGCUGUAGCAGUGGGAGAGGAGUCCCCCAACAAAAGCCAUGGCCCCAGGUGGACAAUCAAAGUGCAACCCAGUGAGAAGAGACUAUAUACCUUGAUUUCUCACCUCCUGCCCCCUAACCUCCUAUGCCAUCGGCCAAGAACAGAAGCUAAAGGACAGGGGACUCUGGGUGAUAUCCUUCAUAUAUAUUAGCGAACUAGAGCAAACGAAAACUAACCAGUACACUGCACCCCUAUUACCACUCAGCGUCCAUCGUGGAUGGGGAAAAUAUCUAUGUCCCCAACAUAGGGGAAAUAUAAAUUCCCAUCAACAGCCACACUGUCUGAGGCUGCUAUCAGUUUAGUUCCAGUUCCCCCGGAACUUCCAUUGUAACGUAUCCACCUCUAGGUGAGUGAAUGAGACGAUUCCUAUAAAGCACAGCUGCUGGAGUCCCGUCUUCUGUGGCUGGUCAGGAGGCCUAGGCUGAUAACCACAGUGUCAUUCUUCUGCCACCCGUUCCAUAUCCCCUCGACCUUCUGGCGGUCCCUCCACUGCCGGAGUCUUUUAUCCAGUGGAAUGACCCAAAUCUUCCUUCACAGAGGAUCCAAAUUCUAGGUGCACUGUCUGUUUUUUGGUUGCCAGUUUCCACUGAUCCCCACCCCCUCAAAGAACUUGACAAGGCCUUGAAGGCCUCUCCUGGAAGCAUUUUUGAAUACUCAGGAGAGAACAGGUGCCCUAGGACAGCGCUAGUCACGCUACGGUCGUAGGACGGAUAGCAUCAGUGUCACUGGGGAGUUUGCUAGGAAUCUAAAUGCAUGCCCCCACCCCAGACCUACAGAGUAGGAUAUGGGAUGAGGAAUAACGAGAGAUUCCCCAGUGAAUCCCUGGGUUCCAGAGCUAGCCCUCCUUGCCCUCAUUGUGGAGCAAUACCGUUUCUUCUGAGAUAUUGGAAUAAAUCACCCUGACAGCACAGUGAUCCCCUUCUCCACCUCUUAGUCCAAGAUGAGGAGACCCAAAUGGCUACAGGAUGAUCUCAGUUUCCAAUUUAACAGACCCAUGACUAUGUUCUCUGGUGGAAAUAUUUCUUCUUUGUUACUAGGAAUUUCCAAACCCACCAAGUCCAAGGUCACAGGAUGGAAAACAAAAAUUCUAUAACUGGGUUAUUAGGUAUCCUAGUGAGAGGAAUCACUCUCGCUUCCAUCCCUUGGUUCCCAGACUAGCAUCAUCCAGCUCAAGGGAAGAUGCCAACGUAUAUUGGUCUCUGGUUUAAGGUGAAUACUGCAUCCUGUAGGUCAGCCACCAUACCUGAGCCUUCCACAGGCCAUUCUAAAUUUCACUCAAGCCAACUGCUUCUGGGUGAUGACGCAUGUGGUAAACCAGUGAAUUUCCUGGACAUGAACCCACAGCUGUACUUCCUUCACAAAUGAGUUCUCAGGGACUUCCCUGGCGGUCCAGUGGUUAAGACUUCGCCUUCCAAUGCAGGAGGUGCGGGUUCGAUCCCUGGUCGGGGAGCUAAGAUCCCACAUGCCUCGGGGCCAAAAAACCAAAACAUAGAACAGAAGAAAUAUUGUAACAAAUUCAAUAAAGACUUCAAAAAUGGUCCACAUCAAAAAAAAACUUUAAAAAACAAACAAACAAGAAACAAAUGGGUUGUCUGGUUGAAGGUCAUGUUUGUGAGAUACGCUGAGAUCAAUGAAACACCACAAGCGGCGAGGAGGGCAGAGGUAGCUAAUCCGCAUGCAGAAUACGAAUCUAUUCCCACCACCCUCCAUGAUGGAAGGGGUCCAGUGUAAUCAACUUGCCAGUGGUGGCUGGCCUGUCUCGCACGGCCCAUCCCUGGAGAAGGAUGCCGUGCAUCAGGGGCUGGGCAUUGGCUUAAUCCUGGGCAGGGUGCAUACCCAGAAGUGAUGGAAACCAGACAGGUGGGCCUUAGUGAGGGAAAGCCCAUGUUGUUAAACCCAUGUACAGCCUCCAUCCCUUCCACUACGGUCACUUUGUUCACAGUACCACUGAGAACACACCAGAGUGGAGAGGGGAAGGCAUCCUCAGGUUGGGUCAUGGUGUCCACCUGAUUACUGACAGUCUUCUCUUCAAUGGAUACCUUUUGAUAGGCAUUUAGGUGGCACAUGAAUAUCUUCACAUUCAGGGAUCCUUCAAAGACAUCCUUCUACAUACAUCUCCUCAAGACUGCCUUGAGUCCUCUCUUCCAAUCUUCCUGCAGUUGGGUCAGCACUCUGAUUCUCCUACUGGGGAAAGUCAGAAGCUCCCGACAGCAUCUUUAUCUGCCACAGACACUUCCUGUACCAUUGGGUCUGCUGGGUCUUAAGGCUCAAUUGGUCAGGUAGCUUUCGUCCCAGCCUGACCGUUCUAGAGCCCUUGAUUGCUCUGGGUCCCAUUCCGAGCCAGCAGCCUUAUGACAUACCUGGUAAAUGCAGCAGAGUGGCACACGCAGAUGUGCUCCACGUUGCCUCAAAGACCCAAAGAGGCCCAUCUUCCAUGGAUGCAAGGAAAACCAAGGUUCUCACCUAAGAGGGAAUGUCCCAACAUGCCCCCGACUGCUGGAACCCUAGAAAGUUCUCCAAGAUGGCAGGCUCCUGGACUUCCAUAGGGGUUUUCUCUCACCCUCUGGCAAGCACGGGCCAUGUGUGGUCCUUGCUACUUCACCAGAGCCGGUUGGCAUAAUGUCAUCUAUAUAAUAGACACUCAUGAAGUUCUGUGGGUUGUUAAGGUGAGCAGGGCCCCUACAAUACAACAGAGAGAAGGAAAAUGGCAAAUCCCUGAGGUAAUGCAAUUAAGGGGUACCACUGUCCCCUGCCCGAUGAAGGUGAACUCUUUUUUAUUACCUUUAUUUUUUUUUUCUAAAGUAAAAAUUCA